AAUCAAAGCAAAAAAAAAAAAAGGUAGAUUUCCUCCAUAGCCAUGAAAACUCCUUAUUGGAUAUAACACUCGCUAGAAACAAACAUUUUGCUCAAUUUCACCAUUUUCCCAACGUGGGUCGAUCACAGAAUCCACCACAAAACCACCUCAAAAACCCCAACAAUCUAUCGACAGAAAAUGGGAUUUUGGCAACGCAAAUGCUGCAACUCAAUCUUCGGUUGAAGCUUUUCCGCCAUGGAUUCAUGUUCUCGUUUGUCCUUCUGCUCUCCCUUCAACUCUCCACCAUUUUCAAGCAACUGUAGUGGCAAAAACAAGUGCAGAAGAGCUUCGUUCGUCCCAGUCUCUGCAAUUUCGUAUCAGAAAUUCGUUCAAUUCGCUUUGGAUGAAACCAAACUCCAUACCCAUCUCUGCCCCACCCCUUUGCAGGAAAAAUAUAAUUCCAUGAUUUCCAUGGACAAAAAAGCCAAGCUUCAAAUGUUAUCUUUUCAAGCUCCAAAGAUCAGACUUCUUCGCAGUUUGAAUAUUGAGAGUGAAGCAAUGCAGGUCUUGGAUUUUGCUGUAUUCCCAAAACCAGAAUUUGAUGUUCCCAUAUUUUGUGCAAAUAUUUUCUCUGCUGCAAGUUCAAGUAUAGUAGUCCUGGAUCUCAAUCCUUUGCAUGAUGUCAUCAGCCAAAGAGAUUAUAAAGAGAAAUACUAUGAAAGCUUAUUGCAUCUUGGAACUAAAUAUGCUGAGCUCUUACCGUGGGGCGGAAAGCUUACAAGCGAAUCUUUGAAAUUUUUCUCACCGAUCGUGAUAUGGACUAAGUUUCCCUCAACCAGGUCCAAGUACGACAUAUUAUUUUCUGCAUUCGUGGAUUAUUACAAGGCAUGGCUUGAGCUCAUGAACAAUGCUAGGGAGGAAACGAACCCGUCUCGACUUAUGGUUAAUCGAGAAGCGCAGCAUAGGUACCUGUCAUGGAGGGUAGAAAAGGAUCCGGGACACGGUCUUCUAAAGAGAUUAAUCGGGGAGGCACUUGCAAAGGAUUUGCUGAGAAACUUCCUGUUCAAUGGCGUCGACGAGCUCGGAAGCAAAAGAUUUCUGGAGUACUUUCCCGAGUACUGCUGUGAAGACGGUACGAUAAACAAAAAACGCAGCAUGGUUGGGAAGUCUUACGAGCAUCGACCUUGGGAUAAAAGAGGUGAAUUUGUUGGGGACUUGAUCAAAACCUGAUGUUAGUCUUGGUGCUCUUCCUUGCUGAUGCUUUUGGCUCUCUUAUUUUUGCUUCUUAGAAAUAUACUUUAGACUUGUAAAGUGAAUUGGUGUAGAGUAUUGUGAGAAGUUAUAAUAUAACUAUGUAACCUGUAAAUUAGACCUAGCUCAAAUUUUGCUGUGUUAUUUUUUAGUAGUUGGAUGCAGUUGAGCAGUAAUUGAGGGCGGAUUUGUUAACGUUAUCAUUUUCA